GGGGGAAGGAGCAGGCCGGGAGGAACGCACGCCCAAAAUGGCUGUGGAGCAUCUGGCCCUGCGCGUCAUUCAUGGCAUCAAUGUGGCUGGUGAGUGCCGUAGGGUAAGCGAGGAGUGAACGCAGGGCGAACUCAGGGCACAGAAGAUGGUGGCCAUUCAUUGUCUUGCUGUCAGCUGCCGGCUUCUUUGGCCUCAGUGCACUAUUUGCUCCGAAGUUCGCUGCAACGUACGCUACGCGCAUCCGCAGAUCUACGCGCCCACACUCACAACACCAUCCAAUGCAUGAGCACUGCAUGCCCCCUGCUCUGCUUGUGUGUCUCGUGCAGGCAGCUGUUCUCGGGCAGCAUCGCCCCGUCCCAUUCGCUGAGUGUGACGGGCGCACUCUGGACGAGCAUCUCUCUCGGGUCUGCAUGCGGCCUCUACAACCCCCUGCCCUUCGCAUCGAUUCUGCUCAUUCAGGUAGGUGGGGCGAGGCUCCAGCUGACCAUAUGGAUGCAGUCUCUCUGUCCUUGUGUGUGUGUGUGUGUGUGUGUGUUGUGGGCCAGCUGCUGUAUAAGGGUCUGUUUGUGGUGUUCCACACCUUGCCCUGGCUGGCCGGUGGCCGCAAAACGUCCUUUCCCGCCAUCAUGUCGGCUGUGUUUAUGUUUUGGAUCGUUGUGAACCCCUUCAUCAUCCCCUGGGGCUACCUGUUCGCUAUUUGACUGACUGCAUCCGUGUAGGCAUCCAUCGAUUGACAUCGUUUAGGUGGUUUGUGUUCUUUUGUUGUAGGAGUUCUUCAAGUACUAAUUGUAGGCUCUGAGAGGGUUCACUGCAAUAAUAGUCAGUCAGUCGUCUCUACUUACACCCACACAUCGCCAUCGCCCCACAAGCAUCGACCCGCAC